UCUGUUUCCUUGUUCCCAGACCAGCUACCAGAUACCCGAGGCCUCAUUCGACGAGCGCACGAAGCGAAAAAGAGGACAGUACUUGUUAAGUCCUUCCUCGAGAAGGCAUACUCUGCGCUCCGAGCGGAAGUGUGGAACCUCCCCAGAGAUGUCAGGAAUCAGAUACCGCCUUUCAACAGCGUAUAUGAUUUGAGCGAGAGGCAUGCCGCCUCAAAAAUUCAGCGCGUAGAAGUCUCCAGCGCACUUCUAGUGAUUGCUGAGGUGACCAACUUCAUCGGGUAUGUACACAAUGCUUUCGCGCACAGAUGAUGCCAUUCGCUGAUUGUUGGACUUGCAGCCACCAUGAGCAAGACAACAGCAGCGUGGAUACCACAGAUGACCUUCUUGUCGGAACUGGCCUUGGCCAGCUGGUUGCUGCCGCCGUGGCUUGCGCGGCGAACAUUAUCGACUUACCGGACAUUGCUGUAGAAUCAGUACGAUUGGCAUUCCGCACGGGAGCAGUUGUUGAGAACUUUUCAAUCCCGGCUCGACGUGCUGGUGAGGCGGAUGCGAGCUGGAGCCUCGUUGUUCCAGGUACUCCUGAAGAAAUUCAGACCGAGCUCCAAAGUCUGCAGGAAGCAGCUAAUCUCCCGGUGACCAGCCGUGCGUUUGUCUCUACUGUUAGUGAAUCUGCAAGCACAAUUAACGGCAGCCCCGCACGCCUCGACUGGCUCAGGCGGAGCUCCCGACUUUUCCAAUCUGAAGCUGUGCAAGAGUUGGAGAGCGUUGGAGUCUGGCAUGCGGCCGGCAUCUACAGCGAGGAGCAAGUAUUGGAAGUAACACAGUCACGGUCCGAUGCAUUGAGCCAAAUUCCUGCCCCCCGGAGGGCAACCAUAUCCGCCAGCACUGGCAAACGUUCAGACGCUACAACCGCAAGUGCCCUGUUCACUGAAGCCGUCACAGACAUUCUCCGAAGACCCGUGCAAUGGUCGUCGAUCACAGAGUCUGUAGCAAGCGACCCGCUCCUCUCGCAAGCUACCACCCUCGCCAGUUUCGAGGCAUCUCAAGCGUCGAAGAGCCUGCAGGCUGCGAUUCAGUCGGGAGGCAAGUCGAUUGCACUUCAAGAUCUCGGCCAAUGGUCAACUGCCGACACUGGCUCGAAGCCAGUCCAAAAUACUUCGAACGUUGCCAUUGUGGGCAUGUCUGGCCGCUUCCCUGGUGCGGCCGACGUCGAAGCGCUUUGGCAAGUCUUGGUGCAAGGCAAGGACAUGCAUAAGAGAAUUCCUAAGGACCGCUUCGACCCCGAGACACAUCAUGACCCCAAUGGCAAGGUCAACAACACCAGUCACACUCCGUUUGGUGCAUUUAUCGAGGAGCCCGGUCUAUUCGACGCCCGCUUUUUCCACAUGUCACCUACUGAAGCUACCCAAACUGAUCCCAUGCACCGUUUGGCCCUUGUUACUGCAUACGAGGCGCUCGAACAAUCCGGUUUCGUACUCAACUCGACUCCGUCAUCGCAGCAGGAUCGCGUUGGUACUUUCUACGGGCAGACAUCUGACGAUUGGCGUGAGGUCAAUGCGGCGCAAAACAUUGGCACAUACUUUAUUCCCGGAGGAGUACGAGCCUUUGCUCCUGGUCGCAUCAGCUACUACUUUGGUUUCCGCGGUCCUAGCUACAGUGUCGACACAGCUUGCUCUUCGAGCAUGGCGGCGAUCCAGAUCGCAUGCUCGUCUUUGAGGUCUGGCGAGUGUGAUACCGCGAUUGCGGGCGGCGCCAACAUCCUUACUGCGCCCGAUAUCUUCGCUGGUCUCAGUCGCGGCCAGUUUCUGUCGAAGACGGGCUCUUGCAAGACUUGGGACAGCAAAGCAGAUGGAUACUGCCGAGCCGAUGGCGUUGGCUCAGUGGUAUUGAAACGAUUGGAUGACGCUAUCAACGACAAGAACAACAUCCUAGGUGUCAUUCUGGGUACCGCGACCAAUCAUUCUGCCGACGCCAUCUCCAUCACGCACCCUCACGCUGGAAACCAGGCCUACCUCUACCAGAGUGUCCUCCACGAGGCUGGCGUUAACCCGUUGGACGUCAGUUACGUUGAGAUGCACGGAACUGGAACUCAGGCUGGUGAUAUGGCUGAGAUCGGAUCAGUUACAACCGUCUUUGCCCCCGAACAUGCUCGUGGUACCGAGCCCGAGAAGGCUCUGCACAUUGGAGCAGUGAAGUCAAACAUCGGUCACGGUGAAGCCGCUGCUGGUAUUGGAGCAUUGAUCAAGGUGCUUCUCAUGCUGCAGAAGAACACUAUUCCCAAGCAUGUUGGCAUCAAGAAUGAGCUCAACCCGAGUUUUCCCGACUUGGUUGUACGCAACAUCAAGGUGCCUUUUGAGAACACUCCUUACCCCAGGCCUGAGGGCAAGUCCAGAACUGUGUUCUUGAACAAUUUCAGCGCUGCUGGUGGCAACACCGCUAUGCUCAUCCGAGAUGGCCCUGCCCGAACCAAGCCUCUAGGGACCGACCCUCGCACGUUCUUGCCAUUCGUCACUUCUGCGAAAUCGCUCUCCUCGUUGUCGCGACAGGCCAAGACGCUCGCUGCAUUCGUUGCCAGUGCCUCAGCUGAAGACUUCGCCAGCUUGUCUUAUACUUUGACCGCGCGCCGCAUGCACCACAACUACCGCAUUGGUGUGACUGCGUCUAGCCUCAAUGAGCUGAAGACGCUUCUUUCGGCCAAGGCUGAUGAAGGCAACUUCUCACCCGUGCCGUCAGCGACCCCCAAGGCAGCGUUCGUCUUCACUGGACAAGGAGCGUACUAUGCUGGCCUCGGCAAGACUCUGUUCGAGCAGUCCAAGAUAUUCCGGUCUACGAUCCUCCAUCUUGACCAGCUUGCACAGGCUCAAGGCUUCAGUUCGUUCAUUCCCGCGCUCGAUGGCACUCCCACAGAACAGCUCACUGCUCUGGAAACCCAGCUUGCCUUGGUGUCGGUUCAGAUUGGCUUGCUGAACCUCUGGAAGUCAUGGGGCGUCAAGCCCUCCAUCGUCACUGGACACAGCCUUGGAGAGUAUGCUGCGCUCUACGCUGCAGGUGUUUUGACAAUGGAAGACACCAUCUACCUUGUCGGAGCGCGAGCCCGCCUUCUAUUGGAGAAGUGCACUGAGAACACCCAUGCUAUGCUCGUUAUCAAGGGCUCAGCUUCGGAUGUCGAAGCGACUCUGCAAGGCUCGCAGUACGAGAUUGCUUGCUUGAACUCGCCCACUGAGACGGUCGUCGCCGGUUCUGUGAAGCAAAUCGACUCUGCUAUCGCGACCCUGACCAAGAAUGGAAUGAAGACCACUCGUCUCAACCUUCCGUACGCGUUCCACUCUUCUCAGGUCGACCCUAUCCUCGAUACAUUCGAGGAGCUUGCCAGUGGUGUUGUAUUCAGCACUCCCACCAUCCCGGUCAUCUCGCCGCUGCUCGGUGAGGUUGUGGAGGACCAGGGUGUCUUCAAUGCUUCAUACCUCUGCCGCCACGCAAGGGAGACUGUCAACUUUGGGGAGGCUCUUGAGACCGCCAAACACGAGGGCUUCAUUAGCGAGAAGUCUAUCUUCGUUGAAGUUGGCCCGCACCCUAUCUGCUCUGGUAUGGUCAAGAGCACCUUGUCGACAUCGAUCAACACGGUAGGUUCCCUCAAUAAGAAUGAGGAUUCUUGGAAGAGCCUCUCCAAGUCUCUUGUUUCCUUGCACACUUCAGGCGUGCCUGUCGACUUUGGAGAGUUCCACCGCGACUUCGACUCCGCCCAUCAGCUGCUCAGCCUACCAACGUACAGCUUCGAUAACAAGAACUACUGGAUUCAGUACGUUAACGACUGGUGCUUGCACAAGGUUGAGCCGCGUACUACCGUCCAGAAGAUCGAGAAUGUCAAGCCUGCUGCUCCUGCGCGCUCCAAGCUUACGACUAGCUCGGUCCACAGGAUCGUCUCCGAGACCUACGAUGGCCCCACCGGAAAGAUCGUCACUGAAUCCGAUGUCAGCGACCAGGUCUUCCGCGCUGCUCUUUCUGGUCACCAAGUCAACAAUACCAGCCUCUGCCCGUCUUCCAUCUACGCUGAUAUGGCUUUGACCAUUGGUGACUAUGCCUGGAAGGAGAUCAACCCCGGAACUGCCGUUCCCGGUGUCAGCUGCAACGAUAUGGAGGUCUUCAAGCCUUUGAUCCUGAAGAACCAGGCUGAGGGCCGUAUCCUGGAGGUGACUGCGGAUGUAGACCUGACCAAGGGCGAGGCCAAGCUUCGAUUCCAGAGCAUCGACACCAAUGCCAACAACCAGGUCACUCUCCACGCCAACUGUGUUGUUACGUACGAGGACCCUACUACGUGGACCAACAGCUGGAACUCGAUUUCCUAUCUCCUGGAAGGUCGCAUUGAUACCCUCAAGGAGAGGUUAGCCAAAAACCAGGCGGACAAGAUGUCUCGUGGGCUUGCUUAUCGGCUCUUUUCCACCUUUGUGGACUACAAGACGCCUUUCCAGGGCAUGGAAGAGGUCAUAAUCGAUGGAGCCAACUUCGAAGGUACCUCCACCGUAAAAUUCCAGACCACAGAGAAGGAUGGAAACUAUCACGUCAGCCCCUUCUGGAUUGACAGUCUUGCGCAUCUUGGUGGUUUCAUCCUGAACGGUACGACCGCCAUCGAUACCAGCAAAUUCGUGCACAUCUCGCACGGCUGGAAGGCUAUCAAGUUCGCGGAGCCUCUGUCUAAGGACAAGACAUACAACGCCUAUGUCAAGAUGCAGCAGACUGGUGAGGCCAACGUCAUCGCUGGUGACGUCUAUUUCUUUGAGAGUGGCAAGAUCAUCGGCGUGUGUGCUGGUCUGAAGUUCCAGCGCAUCCCUCGCACUGUACUCAACACUUUCCUCCCACCUCAAGGAGUUUCAGCUAUCGCCACCAAGCCUGUCGCUGCCACUGCUCCCAAGCCUGCUGCCGCGCCCCGUGCAAUUGUUGCUGCUCCCAGGCCAGUGGUCGUAGCCCAGGCCGCCGUUGCUCCCAAGCCGGCCCCUGUCGCGGUUGAUGCCGGGAAGCUGAACAAGGCCAUCACAGCUAAGCUUGUCAAGCCCGCCGCCGCCUCUUCUUCUGCUUCCGCAAUCAUUGCUAGAGUUAUGGAUGUUAUCUCUGCCGAGUCCGAACUUCCCCAAGAAGAGCUUGGCGAUGACUGCGAGUUCUCAAGCUUGGGCAUCGACUCUCUGCUCUCUCUCCAAAUUCUCGGUAAGCUGCGCGAGGCUGCGGACCUUGACCUUCCCGCACACGUUUUCACGGACUGCGAGACCAUCGGAGAGCUCAAGGACUACCUGAACAAGACGUACGCCAGUGAAAGUGCUUCCUCGGAUGAAGAACCUGUACUUGUCACUGAUGACGACGAAUCGUCUGCCGAUGAGGCUGCCACACCUGAAUCUGUUGCCACCCCGGCCGACUACGAGCUCGUCAAUGCGCCCACUGCCGAGGGUGAUCUGCUUCAGCUCUUCCGCGAGACAAUCUCCGAACAGAUGGGUGUUCCCCUGGAAGAAGUCGUCGGCUCCAACGACCUGUUGUCCCUUGGUAUCGACUCGUUGAUGAACUUGACCCUCUGCGGUGUGCUGAGGGAGAAGGCCGAGAUCGAGCUUGAGUCUGACUUUUUCUUGACCCAUUCCUCUGUGGACGCUAUCGCCGAGUUCCUUAACCCUAAGAAAGAAGCCCCGAAGCCUGCCAAGGUGGCCCCCAAGAAGUCAUCGAGCAAUUCAAGCUCCAAUGCUCCUGCUUCAGGCCCAGCCCGGCGCGCUGUCUCCAUUCUUAUGCAGGGAAAGCCACGCACUGCCUCCAAGACCCUCUUCUUGCUCCCUGAUGGCUCCGGCUCUGCUACAUCUUAUGCAAGCAUCCCUGCCAUCGAUCCCUCCGUCGCCGUCUUCGGCCUCAACUGCCCCUACAUGACCUACCCUACCGAGUGGACCAACGGCAUCAAGGGUGUGGCCGGCAUGUAUCUCGAAGAAGUCCGCCGCCGCCAACCCCAGGGUCCCUACCACCUCGGUGGCUGGUCCGCUGGCGGAGUCAUCGCCUACGAAAUGACGCUCCAACUCCUCGCAGCCGGCGAAAAAGUAUCCUCCCUCGUCCUGCUCGACUCGCCUUGCCCCAUCGACCUCGAGCCCCUACCCUCCCGCCUGCAUGACUUCUUCGCCGAAAUUGGCCUCAUCGGCAGCGACGACGGCGCCAAGAUCCCCGACUGGCUCCUCUCGCACUUCUCGUCCUCCAUCAAAGCCCUCGACGAGUACAAGCCUACGCCCAUCCCCGCGAGCGCGGCAUCCCGCGCGCCAAAGGUCCUGGCUAUCUGGGCGCGCCACGGCGUGUGCCGGUACCCGGAUAGCCCGCGGCCUGAGGUCCGGGGCGAUGAGAGCAAGAGCAUGCAGUGGCUGUUGAACAACCGCACCGACUUUGGGACGAAUGGGUGGGAUCGGUUGUUGGUCAGUAGCGAGUUUGUGUUUGAGAAGGUGGAUGGGAAUCACUUUACGCUUAUGAAGGCUAAGGAUCAGUUACAGGUCAUGGCCAACGCGAUCAAGACGUUUGUCUAGGUCAAGAAAAAAUGGAUGGAUGUACGAUGCGAUGAGAUGGCAUGAAAGGUCGGAAAGUUACUUAAUUGUAGGGAUGAAAGGCAAAAUUGUACUUGCGUGGGUUGUGCAUUAGACGUGUGGCAGAAGCGGGAUCGUUCCCUUGUGUUUGUAUUUCUUGGUUUUUGUUAUUAGGCGUUGGGUGCAUAGGUAUCGUAGGAAUUUGACGUUCUUUUCUU